AUGUACAGAAGGUAUAUUUGGAGUAGUAUUUUCCGUGAUGUGAAUUAUAGAUUUAAGAAAGUAUAUCAUUCAUUUUAUUAUGCACAAAGCCAUAUAAAAUAUGUUAUGUUAAUAUUAUUUCCCGGAGUUAUAUGGUCAACUAGAUAUCGAGCAGAUACAAAGCUAGGAUAUUUUUUUUACAUCAAUGAUGAAAAACUAUAUCCUCGUAUAGAUAAUAUUCCAAACGAUAGUAGUAAAAAUAAUAAUAGUGAUAAUUAUAUUGAUAAAUAUGUUGAUAAAUAUGUGAAUUAUACAAAAAAUUUAGUAAACAACCCCAAAUGGGUUAAUGGUACAAAACUUUAUUUAAAUGAUGAUGUAACUGUUCAAGACGUUAAAAAAAUUAUUUAUAAAAAUCCAGAAAAUAUUCCUAAAAACAUUAAACUUGGAUGUAAAGGAAGAAUGAUGGAUGAUAAUGAUAACUUAGCUUUAGCAGUUAGAGCUUUUUGUAAAAGAGAUCCAAAAAUAAUUAUUUGGGAAGAUGAGCAUGCUCAGUAUGUUUAA